GACACGGCAGUGACCACUGCCUGUUACUCGGUCACGAAUCUGUGACAAGGCACGCUCUAGGCAUCGCCGUGUGACAGCGUGAUUCUGCGCGUAUGUCAAGCGCCCGAGGUAUAUAUCAAGCUGGUGCCCGUCACUCUGGUUCGUCUCUAUCUCCUCGUCUUCCCUUCGACGACCUACCUCUACGACCCUCUUUAGACUUCAAUCCCUUCACGAUGUGUGGCAUUUUUGCGUAUUGCAGUUACUUGCAGGACAAGGGUUAAGGGGUGGCGGUCGUGCAAUUGUGUCCUCAAAACGUCUUUGGCGGGUCAAGCAUCGCGCUUGUAUGCGCUUUACAGGGCGCGGGGUUGAGUCACUUUUGCAUGGACCUCACCGUCCGUCUCGACCCUUGUCUCGAGUCGUGUUCGCGAACAACGCUUAGAUCUGCGACGUAUGACCCCACACAUCGGGCCAAUGGUCGAUGGCUUGCCCCAGGCCCAUUGUGUGGAUCACCGUAUAGAGACGAUCUGCAGAUGACGUGCAAAGGCAUGUCGUUUCCGUUCGCCAGCGGCGACGAUCUGAACAUAGCUUUGCACGUCAACCAUCAAGAAGCAUAGGCAUAUAGGCUCGCGACUGGCGCGUUCGGUUGCUUCACGCCUUCGUGCACUUUUACUCCUUUCCUUUUCCUUGUCUAAGCGCGUGUCCCGAAAAUGGAAGUAUCCGUCCGUUUGACACCAAAAUGCUUAACUUUCUUGGGAUUUGCAGGACCGGAAGACGAUAUGCGAUAUUCUUUGCAAUGGGCUUGCUCGCCAAGAGUAUCGAGGUUACGACUCUGCCGGUAUUGGCAUUGACGGCGACAAGCCAGGAGAGAUGAUGUUCUUCAAAGAAGUUGGUAAAGUUGCCGGUCUCCGCAAGAAGAUCGCCGAAGCCAGUGUCGACACUUCAAAGACAUUCCUUUCCCAAGUCUCUAUUGCACACACUCGUUGGGCCACCCACGGUCCUCCUUCCAUCGCAAACUGCCACCCUCUCAAGUCCGACCCCAAAGCUGAAUUCACCGUUGUCCACAAUGGUAUCGUCACCAAUGCCGCGGCUCUUCGACUUCUCCUGCAGAAGCGUGGAUUCCGGUUCGAGAGUGAGACCGAUACUGAGGCUGUUGCAAUCUUGACGAAAUACAUUUACGAUUCACAACCCGACAAGCGCAUCUCAUUCCCCGACCUAAUCAAGACUGUUUUGAAGGAACUCGAGGGUUCAUUUGCUUUUGUUUUCAAGUCUUGUCACUACCCCAAUGAGGUCGUCACCGCCCGUCGCGGCUCUCCCCUUUUGAUUGGCGUCAAGACUGAGAAGAAGCUCAAGGUCGACUUUGUCGAUGUCGAGUUCGCUGGUCCGGAAGGUGAUGCCAAGAGCCUUGAUGCUCUUGCACCUACCUCCCCCGGCGGCCUUCUUGCACCUCCCUCCGCAGGACCUAACCUGCUCCGCACCCAGUCUCGCGCGUUCAUGUCUGAAGACGGCAUGCCCCAACCCAUUGAGUUCUUCGUCGCUUCAGAUGCCUCAGCCAUCAUUGAGCACACGAAGCGUGUGUUGUACCUCGAGGAUGACGAUAUUGCACACAUCGCCGAGGGCGAGCUGCACAUUCACCGUCUUCGCCGCAACGACGGUGAUGGUCCUCAGGUUGCUACCCAUCGUAUGAUUGAGACACUCGAGAUCGAGUUGGCCGAGAUCAUGAAGGGCAAGUUCGACCACUUUAUGCAGAAGGAGAUCUACGAGCAGCCCGAGUCCGUCGUCAACACUAUGCGUGGUCGUGUCAACUUUGACCAGAACGUCAUCACACUCGGUGGUCUCCGUGCGUACUUGCCUAUCAUCCGCCGAGGCAGAAGAAUCGUAUUCUGUGCCUGCGGUACCUCGUACCAUUCUGCUAUCGCCACACGUGCCAUCUUCGAAGAGUUGACGGAGAUCCCCGUCAGCGUCGAGUUGGCAUCCGACUUCUUGGACAGGAAGACUCCCAUCUUCCGAGAUGAUGUUUGCGUCUUCGUCAGUCAGAGUGGUGAGACUGCAGAUACCAUUCUCGCUCUUCGUUACUGCUUGGAGCGUGGUGCCCUGUGUGUCGGCAUUGUCAACACUGUCGGUUCCACAAUCUCGCGUGAGACUCACUGUGGUGUCCACAUCAAUGCCGGCCCCGAAAUUGGUGUUGCCUCGACCAAGGCCUACACUUCGCAAUACAUCGCUUUGCUUAUGGUGGCAUUGCAACUCUCCGAGGACCGCCUGUCGCUCAUGAAUCGUCGCACCCAGAUCAUCGAGGGUCUCCAUGCUCUCCCUGGUCAGAUUCGCAAGGUCCUCGAUAACGACAAGAGCCUCCAGGAUCUCGCCACUGGCGUCUUGGCCAACCAGCGUAGUCUCUUGCUCAUGGGCAGAGGAUACCAAUACGCUACGUGUCUCGAGGGUGCCCUCAAGAUUAAGGAAAUCUCGUACAUGCACUCGGAAGGUAUCCUGGCCGGAGAGCUCAAGCAUGGUCCCCUUGCGCUCAUCGACGAGAACAUGCCCGUUAUCAUCAUCAUGACUCAAGACUCGUUGUACCCCAAGGUCCAAUCCGCAUUUUCCCAGAUCACCGCCCGCAAAGCGCAGCCGAUUGUCGUGUGCAAUGAAAAUGAUGAUGCUAUUCCCAAGGGCGUGAAGACUAUCCGUGUACCCAAGACCGUCGAUUGCUUGCAGGGUAUCUUGAACAUCAUUCCCUUGCAAUUGCUUUCGUACCACCUUGCCGUCAGGAACGGCUUCGAUGUCGAUUUCCCGAGGAACCUGGCCAAGUCGGUCACCACUGAGUAAGUGCAUACCCAACGGUGGUGUAAAUCAAAACCAAACUGUAGUACUUUCAUGGUAUAUCACUUAAUGGACUCUGAGAUAUAUCCAUUCAUCGGACGGACAGCUUUUUUCCUUCUUUUUACUAUCGGACCUACUUUCUCUCUCGCGCGUUUUUCUCUAUAUCCUCUCUAGUGACUUUUGUUGUCGUGUGAUCACCUCGCUGGACGUGACAUACCCUUCUGAACGAUGAACCUUGUUGACGUCUUCGAUAUCUUUAGUUAGAACUUGUGUUCUGGUUGGGUUUUGAGGGCCUCAGAUAAUAGAUGUAAUACCAUUACGUUUUCGCCAGUCCUUGUCGAGUGGAGGGAAGCCUUCUGCGCACGAACGCGUGCGCCCUGGAUGUGUUACACAGGACGAGGGGGAGCAUUCACGUGUGAGGGCAACGCCUCAAACUAGGCCUCAAGGCCUCAAAGCCAUAUGGUGGUCUCGGGCUGGACCCUCCUAAGGCCUAACCAGUCGUGUUGCA